CUCAUUCGUGCACCAGUAGACAUAUGAACCAAAAGUAUUCAUCUCUGUUUCCAUUUCAUGUUGGCAGAUGCUGCUUGGUGUGUUUGGCAGGCUCAUGUGAGCACCACUGCACUGCAAAAGACAAUGGACUAUGCUUGUGGAGCUGGAGCUGACUGCAACCCUAUUCUGCAAGAUGGGGCAUGCUAUAACCCCAACACAGUGCUGUUCGAUUGCUCUUAUGGUGCCAAUAGCUUCCACCAGAGGAAUGGCCAGGCUCAAACAGCUCGUGACUUCUCUGCAACAGCCAUGCUUACCUGCACAGAUCCAAGUGCAAAUGGCUGUCUGUCCUGCAACUCCCAGGAACCUCAAGCACACCAACAAGCACGAGCACCACAUCAAGCACAGCAACUCCCAACACUUUCAGCUCAACAACGGGCAACACGACGGAUGGAUCGUUACGCCUUUCGUGCGGGUGAGAAGUUACAUGACAAAGAAAUUUCGCUAUCUUAUGACCCCAUUUGUGAGCAGGCGCCCCUUCUCCCCCAAAUAAUCGGAGGUAUCAAUCCUUCAGGAACAACAAGCAGCAGGGAUGGUAGUAACGGAGGUUUGCUUCCAAUGGCAGGAGUAGUCUGUCUUCUAUGAUCUGAAAGCUACACUUUUUGGUGAUCGGAUCCACGAAAGUUAAGCGUUGGGAUCACAGGUUUUCAAUGGAAACUUCAUCUAGGAACCUUUUGAUUGCUUAUGGUUGAUCGGUAUUGUAUUUGUAGGAUGCCUGUCUCUUUGUUUAUGCUUGCUAUCAAAAUUCAGCUAAAUGUUCAUUUUAACUUACAAUGAGCAAUCUACAGGAAGAAAUGCCUCAUUCUUUUUCUUCUUUCCUUGAACAUUUAGCUGACUUGUUCUACAUUUGACGACAAUUUGUCAUAGUAUUUGGUUUUGGUUUGAUAAAAUGGAUCAAAAGUGUCAUGGUGGAGCAC